UACUAUAGUAGGCUGAGCGCUGCGCUCACAUCUUCUCGCGGUCUACCUGAAACAUUCACCGGCCCUAUAUAUCCUGUUACAGGUACUAUCAGCGAUGCUAGAUAGCACUCGAAAUAUUCUCACCUGAGAAUCAGAAAACGUCAGCAACUAAAUAUUCGCACCAUGACCCAAGUCGCGGAGGUAUACAGUUUUGUAAGCGCAAACAUGGCUUCCUUUAUGACUGGUCUUGUUUUCUUAAUUUUGACCGCACAAGUCUGGAUCUAUUUCUGGAGACAUAAAAUUCGAUCUCAGGAAAACAUGCAGAACAAAGUUAUUACAGUACUGGCCACUGGAAGUCCUGCUAGGGUAAUUAUUUCUCGGCUCUCGUCCAUUCAUACGAUGGAGUUCGAGGAUAGAUCUCGUUUCCUUGGCCAUCUGUUGACAGAAUGGGCGCUUUAUACCGGAAUGGGUUGCUUGACCACGUCCCUUGUGCACGGCGUUUUCGUACAUAGGGUUUUCAGACUUGAGAAAAUUCUUUAUGACAGACGGAGAAUAUCAUUCAUUUGCUUCAAACUACGUGAUGAUCUUAACUAUAAUGUCACGGUUAUUGUAAGUUUGUUCUACCUUUGAUCGGGAUGCAACUCACAAGGAUGAAGUGGUCUAUUUCGAUUUCACUUGGUUGUUCAGCGAUCAACGAUGUUCUUAUCGCUGGAACUUUGGCCUAUAUUCUCCACAAACACAGGACUUCGCCUCUAACGAACCAAAUGAUCACGAAACUCAUCAUAUUCUGCUCGCAAACGGGUUUGAUAACAACCGUGGCGGCAUCCAUCAC